UCUCUAAAAAUGGCUGCUGUAAAAUCAAAACUGAAACUACUAAUACAUCAGCUGAUCUUUGUUAUUUAUUUAAAAUGGUGAAUGUUUUCUGCAGAGUUAACGCAACAAUAGCCCAAGAAUUCUUCGACUCUUUUCCUGCAGUUGUCCAUGUAGAUGCAGUGCUGACAAAAAUUUGUGACACAGAAAAUGUCAGCAUUUCCAAGUCUGAUGACAGUGUUGUCUUGCAAGGAACAUUGCACUCAUUGAUCAACGUUCAGAAUGCUUUAAUGAAUACUCAAGCAGUGUUUGGAUCAAUGGACAGCUCGUACACUCCAAUGGAGAACCAGACCCCAAUUGCCAACCAGUCAAUAUCAUUCUCGGCGCUGGUUGAGGCUGCUGAAGCUCUCAGUCGUGGUGUUGGGGUUACGCAGAAUGAACCGGAUACAUUAAUCUUGAAAAGAGAGCAUGAUUAUGUCUCACAGUUUCCUGGAAACAACAUUUCCACUUUUGCUGAUCAUGGGAAUACGAGUGAGCCUGCUCAUGAAGAUUUUGAGGACAGUGCAGAUUUCAUUGACCCGAGUCAGCCACAAAUGUUGGAGGAAGAUACAGAUGAAGAAAGAUACCUUAGCGAAUUUAACGAUUAUGAGGAUGAUGACUCUGAUAAUAAAGAUGCACAUAGCGAUUGUAAAGUUAAAGUAGAGUUAAAUGAUUUCUCAGAAAUGACCAAUGAUGGUGAUGUUAAAGUAACUGAUGUUGGUGGUAAUGAAAAUGUUCUGAACAAUUGGAAAGUUGGAAUAUCAGGGAAAGUACCAAGUGAAAAAAUGGAGAGCUUUUUACAUGAUUUUAUGGUGCAGAAACUGGUUGAAGAAGAACUUAAGAAAGCAAAAAGUAUUGUAAGGAAGAAAAAUGAAAUUAUCAAAAUGGGGACAUCAAGUAUUAAACAGCUUCUUAAAAAACAAAUUUAUGAAAACGCUACACACUCUACCGUAAAAUCAUGUGAUUCAAAUGCUACUGAGCCAUCUGAGGACUCAAUGGAGGGCAGUAAAGAUUCUCUUGUGAAAUGUAGAGUUUGUGAAAAAGUGUUUUUGAAUAUCAAAUACCUGACUCGCCAUUAUGUGACACAUGAGGACAACCCUAGUACUUGUGAAAUAUGCGGAAAACUAUACAAAUGCCAGAAGAGUUUUGCUGCCCACAUGAAAACUCAUAGAACAGACUAUAAAAAGAAAGAAUAUAAAUGUGAAGAAAAUAACUGCAAUAAGAUGUUUGCAUCAAAAUUUAAUUUGGAGCUUCAUAAUAAAAAUGAACAUCUUGGUAUCAAAAUGAGCUUUCUUUGCCAGGAAUGUGGCAAGAGUUUCACAAAAAAGCAUACCAUGCUGCAGCAUAUGAAUGUUCACAAAGGUUUGAGGCCAUUUGUAUGCCAGGUAUGUGGAAAGUCUUAUGCAUACGAGUCUGCAUUGAGAGACCACAAAACCGUGCACUCACAGGAGAAGAAAUUUGUUUGUUCCCACCCAUCCUGUGGAAAGGCUUUUAACCAAAGGUCUACAUUGAAUGCCCACCGUGCCAUUCACAAGGAGACAAAAGAUUUCAAAUGUGAAACUUGUGGUCGAGGAUUUACACAGAAACAAGCAUUACAAAGGCAUGAAAGAGCACAUGAUGGCUUUAGACCGUUUCAAUGUAAACUUUGUAGAAGAAACUUUGGUGACCCUUCAGUUGUUAGAAGACAUCUCCAGUCAGUCCAUAAGAUUAACAAAGAUGUGAGCACUUGGCGAGAAGACAUCGUUCAGAGAAAUCAUGAUGAUGAGGAGAAAGAGAAAGACAACAUUGACAAGACAACAAAAUCAAGCUCAAUCCAAGAGCAAGUUUUAAGCAAUAUUGUUCACCAGCAAUUGGCUGAACACACUUAUGUUUCAAACGUCAAUGAAACUCAAAAACAUAAUGUGCUACCUCCGUUUAACCCUUAUCUCAAUCUGGAUGGAACACAAAAUGAGUAUGCUCCUUUACCUUAUUAUCAGGACCAUCAAAUGAAAUCGAAUACUAGUAAAUCACAUGCUGUUGCAUUUCUUGUUCAAGAUCGCACUACAAGCAAUACAGCCUCAAACACAAUCAUGCUGGAAGUACCAAAGAGUGACGGAAACUAUCAAACAGAAUUAAUGCCAGUUCAGUUGAUUCAUUUACAACAAACCAAUCACCAACAGAGUAUAGUAGUUCCGGAUAGUGAACACUUGCAGUUGUUUACAGAAAAUUUAGACGGAACAUUCUCAACAGUAAAUGAACAGACCUCUUCAAGUAAAAGGAAGAGCGCAGAAAGUGUUUUAAAUAUCCCCAAGCAUAGCGUUCCUGUGCCUGUUGUGGUGACUUCUGCAGUGACGCAAACAGUUGAACAGUUGAAGCCAGAUGGAACAAUGGCUGAAAGUGAUGCCAUAAAGGUUUUAAACCUGGGAAAGGAGAGUGACACACCAUCUUAUACAACUCUGUUUUCUUUACACUCCAGUUUUGCUCAUCCCAUCUCAUCCGUUGUUGCGAAUGAUAUUCAGAACUUGAAAUUGUUUAAUACUGACAGACCUUAGUGUCUCUUUCAUGAAGUUGCCAUGAUGUGUAUUAUAUUCUUUAAUAUUUAUUUUUAAUAUUUAUUUUAGAAUAGCAUAAGUUUACAUGUUUAGUUGUGCAAUUAUUAUAAUGUCUAUGAAGUUGAACUGCUGUCUUUGUCAAAAAG